CUGACUUUGGCGUGGAGUCCUGCAGCAUCUUAGGAGCAGUUGCUUCCCUGUGGAAUUUGCUCCCAAGAGAUGGCUGGCUAGCUCUUUAUUGGCUGCUUUUAAGAAGGCUGUAAAAGCACAUAGUUUUAUUCUGGCUUUUAGCUGAUAAGGCUUUACUGUGUUUGCUGUUGCUACGUAUUGGAGCUCUACUCUUAUUUCCUGUCGUUGCAUUCUAGCCGGCUUAUUUAAAAAUGGUCGAAAUUUCAGGAGGCUUCAUAAUUUAUCAAUAUUGAAUUCCACUGUUCUCCGCCGUAAGGCAACCGGGGAAGUAAGUCUGCGUUAUUAGAAGUAGUUCUCCUUGGCAGGAAGGCCUAGGAAAGUCUGCGCUCCGUAUGCCCGACUGAACACACGCAGGGCUGCGCCCUUCCAAACGCCACCGGCUGGAUUGCGUAAGGCCCCGGCUAGGGGUAAGGGAACGGGGUGGGAGGGUGCGUGGCGGGAGCGGGGAGCGCUCCCUGCAAGCCCCGGAGGAGUCCUGUCAAGCGCCGUUCGUCAGCUCCGUUCGGGCAGGAAAGGGCGUGAUUUGGGGCAGUGCCCGCGGCCAGGUGUGCGCCAGGUGCUAACCACCAGCCCUGCCCCUCGCGCCUUGACCCCCGAGUGGCGCGCAUAUAUAGCCGCGCAGAGAGGCGAGCGCGCACCUUCCCUCUUUCGCCGGCGGCUGCUUCCUGGCCGCCCUCAAAGCCACAGACCAGGCUAGGCUGUUCUUGGCCAUCCCAGCUCCGGUGAAUUUCCCAGUGACGCGGCGGCCCCGUCGUGCCUCAGGACUCGGGCUGGGCGGAAGAAGAGGCCGGCGGCGAAGGGGCGGCGGCAGCUCGCCAUGGCCGAACCCAGCCCCAAGAGGCUCAAGAGCGGCCUGCCGUUCUGCACCAUCCACCGCCAAGGCAGAGCCCUGAGCAUGCUCGUGAAGCAGAACUUUCCGGCUGUGGUGGAGGAAGGCCUGUGCGGUGUCACCAGCGCCCUGCUGGAGGCCGCCUACGUCUUCCAGAUGCUGGGUGAAAUCUUUGAUCAGUUCGAUACUGCUUUACCAAAUGUCUCAAAAUUCUUCUUGGAUCGGUCUAAGGAGGAAAGAGAAGCAGCAGAAGCUCUGAUUCAAUACCAGCAUGACAGAGGUGGCAUUUACUGUACCAGAGUUAUCCAGAAACCACCCAAUGUGUCAAUAAAUGGUGUAGCAACAGCCCUGGAAGUUGCCCUUGUACAGUGGAAGACGCUGGCAAGCUAUUUUGAAGAGCUUUAUGCUCUGAGCAUCAAGAACUCAGACCCUCACACUGCAAGCACAAUUAAGAAGCAAUUUCUUGCACCCAAGAUCGAAAGGAUCAAGCUGAUGGGAGAUCUGAUUACCAACACUCACAGGCUACGGAGUGCCCAGGAUGGCAAAAGCAACCUUGAGAACUAUCUUAUAGACCGUUUGCAAGAAGAGCUAAAGCUUAGUCCUGAUUCAGAAGGUCACCGCAGUCUCUGUGUACCUCUUCGGAAAGGCCGAGCAGCUGUGGAGAAGCUGCAACUAGUGCAAGAGAUAUUCCCACAGCACAACAAUAACGUAAAGCCAAAAUGCCCAGGCCUACAUUGCUUCCCCUCUCAGCCCCGGUGGAAAGGUUUACGGGAAGCAGAUCGAAGGCAGGAACACAAAUGGUAUUAGAUUGACUUGGAUCAUGAAGCACUCUCCUGCUGAGCAGCUAUACAAUAUUCUUAUAUUGCCAAAUUGGCCCAGCACAGAUGUUUGUGGGUAGACAUUUCAUUUCAUUUGUUUCAAGGAUUUCAUUUCUGCACCUCCACAUAGCUGAAGCUUUCUGGGCAGUG